AUGCUAGCGUUGGAGCAUUCCCGCCACAAGCAAUCCUAUCUCCCGCAGCUGUCGAUGGAUCCCUCGAUGCAUGAUCCUUUUGGUCCGCUGUAUAUCGACAGCUACAGCCCCCUUGGUUCUUACAACUUAUUCCCAGCGGGCUCGACUUCCUUCUCAGACGCCCCCUCGUUCCAGAUUGAGGCGCCCCAUCACCCUUACAACAAUAGCAGCAACAGCGCCAAAUACGAGCCCUUUGCACAUCACAAUUGCGCUUCUCCAACAAUAGUUUCGAUCCAAGCUUCCGAUUUCAAAGCUUCUACCGCAAGCUCCUCCGCAUCUGGCCCAUCAUUGCCAAGCACUUCUUCAUCCACCAUAGGCUCCCCCUACCAGGAGAGCUGGAUCGACAUGAACAGCUCUUCCGGAUUGGGGCCUGCCACCGUUGGUAGCGAUGGCUACUCGCAAGAAUAUGUAAGUGCCGCAAUGGACGCUAACAUGAUGUUUGCGCAUGAAAAGCUCCCGGAUAGUUUUGUGGAUGUUGCAGCUUUAUCAGGCAAUAAUCAACAACACAUGCUAUCUAUGUCUCCCCCCUCGAGCACUGUGCCUCUGAAGGGAAGGAGAUCGCGCAUGGAUUCAGGCAGCAGGACUAGCCGACACCUCGGUGCGCUGGGCGCUCCCAUAACCCGAUCGCUGAGUGGCGAGUAUUCACCGUCUUUGUAUUCACCAGGUCUGCUCCUGAGCAGAAAACGGUCUUUGACCCAAGCCUCAGACAUGGCUUCUGCUGUUCAUGCGAGAAAAAUGUCAACUGCAGAAUCCAAAGUGAAAUGUCGAGAUAACCUUCCUUCUUCAAGGAGCUCGCAGUCUCCUCUCACAAGCUCCAGAUAUAGAGAGCGUUUUGAGAAUUGUUUCUUUAAUCAGAGUAGCGGGAAUUUUGUGCCGCCUCCUGAUUCAUCUUAUCCGUCUUUGAUCAACCCACCUAUGCAACAACAAAGUAGCUACCCGCCCCCGACCGUGUCAUACGCAGAGGAAUCCCAGUAUGCCUUUGCACAAUCACCCGCUUUCAUGCCAGCAUCCCCUGCCGCAUCUCCCUUACCCCAACCCCAAACGCUGCACCAUCCACAUCACCCUCACUCAGCUCUUCCCUCUCCAUUCCUCAACCAAUCUGGAUUCCCCUCUCGCCCAGUGUCCUUUACCGGACGAAGAUCAUCAAUAUCCUCCGAGAAUUCGCGCCGUUCGCGCCACAGUCCCCUGGCGGGAAGUGUCGACUACGAAGAAGAAGGAAAGGAGAAAGGCCGUUGCCCUCAUCCUGAUUGCCGGCGCGUAUUUAAAGACCUGAAGGCACACAUGCUUACCCAUCAAUCGGAGAGACCGGAGAAGUGUCCGAUCUUGACAUGCGAAUACCAUCUAAAGGGCUUUGCCCGAAAAUAUGACAAGAAUCGGCAUACAUUAACACAUUACAAAGGCACCAUGGUGUGCGGAUUCUGCCCCGGUUCUGGCUCUGCUGCAGAGAAGAGCUUUAACCGGGCUGACGUGUUUAAGCGACAUCUUACCUCUGUGCACGGUGUUGAACAAACGGCGCCAAACAGCCGCAAGAAGUCACCGCCAACAGCAAACCGAAAGGCCUCAUCUUUCUGUAAUGACGCGACCGGUAAAUGCUCAACGUGCUCCUCGACGUUUAACAACGCUCAGGAAUUUUACGAGCAUCUGGAUGACUGCGUUCUGCGCGUCGUCCAGCAGGAGGAGCCCAGCGAAGCCAUCAACCUCAAGCGACUCACCGAGGUAGCCUCCGAUGAUGCCGUGCGACAAACUAUGGAGAAGCACAUGCUUAUCGACACUGGCAAUGACUUAAUGACCAAAAAUAAUAAUAACCCAGCGGAUGAAAAUGAUGACGACCUUGACGAUUCUAAUGACUCUAACAAUAUGAACACCAAAUACAACUCUGCGGGCCAGGGCUCUCGAAAACCCCCCUCCUCCCCAUCCCACUCUUCCAAUCCAUCAUCCGCCUCCAAUACCCUCCAAAAAUCCACCACCAUCACACCAUCAGGCAUCUCCAAAACCCGCCCCACCGUCUCCCGUCGCCGCAACAACCGCAACAAUUACCCCCAAUCCUGGGGCUGUCCAACCAACAAAAUGAAAAUGAAAAAGCGCGUGCUGUGUCUGUACGACGGCCAGCACCGCCUCUGGAAGGACGAGAUGAUGCUCGACAACGAGUUUGAGGUCCGUCUAAAACUUCUCGGAGGCGUUGGUGCGAAUGGCGCUGGUAGCUCGUCGACACCAGGUCGUGAUGCGUAUGUGACGGAUUUGGAUGUGGAGACGCUUAAGAGGGCGGAGGGGGUGCAUGGGGCUACGGAGGAGGAGAGGGGAGUGUGGGAUGCGGAGUGUCUUCCUGUUGGUUCAGCUGGAUUGAUGGGGCCUGCAGCCGUGCCUAUGUUGGUCAAUGGGCAGGAUGGUGGGUUGGUUGAUGAGGUUGAUAUCGAGGAGUUGAUGGCAUGA